AGUACAGCUGUGCGUCUGAUGAAUUCGAGGUCACCUGUUUGAAGGUCAUCGUCUGGACUAAGGCUUAUGAUAAUGAAAUGAUGUAGAGGGAUGAGGCUGCGUAUGAUACCUGUGAUAUUUAAGGAAGGUAUCAUCGCCUCUCUCACUGGUGGAUUUUAUUUGGAUACUUCACAAACCCAUUUCUCAAAUAUUGUCCAUGUCUAUGUGUGGAUUGUCUUAUUCGUUGCUCCGUUGGUGCUGUUUAUGGUAAAGCCUGGGUUUUUAAUUAUUUUUCAGAUUUCAGAAGAGUCUCACAUUAUUGCAGCCAUUUAUAGUGUUUCGGUUGGUUCAUUUGUUCUGGUUGUUAAGCUUAUAAUUUGGAGACUUCAUGAUCUACUUGAUAAGAGUGAACCUGUUGUUAAUAACAAUCAAGAAGCAAAUAACUCGUACGCAAAUACAGAGUUUUCAACACAGCACCAGGUAGAUGUACAUGAAAGUGACCAGGAAGAAUUUUCAGAUGCUAAUGAAAUCGAAAGCAGAUGCCGACGAAUUGGUCAGGCUGGAAUCGAACUAGCCGGAUUAACUGAUGCCAUUUCAAACCAUGAUAGUGUUAGUCCACUACCUGACAAUGACAUAGUUGUCUCCGAUACUAAUCAAAAUGCAUAUACAGCUAAAAAGGAUGAGAUUUGUAAAUUCGAACAAUUUGAAAAUAAUUUGGAGCCAAGCCUUGAAUUUUCUGACAAUUUCACUGAUCCUGUUACCUUCUCUGUCCCUUCAACGAAUGCCAAAGAAUCAGUCAUAAUAAAUGAUCAAGACGCAGUUGAAAAAGUGGACUGUACUUCAAAUACGCAGUCUUCCUUACCUACUGAUUUAUCUGUUGUUGAUAAAGGACAGAUUGUAGAUAAUCAGAUAGGACAGUUAGGUUUGGACGGAGCACCGUCUUCUAAAGGUGACGAUAGGAAUGACGAUUUGGGGCCUGUAAAGGAGAUCGUUACUUUGCCACCAGUGAAUUGUGGGAUUUCUUCAAGCUCUUUAGAACCAAAAAGAAUUGAAUUCGGUCGCAGUAUCAGCUCGAGAACAGCUAGGCCUAUAUAUUUGAAUGCACCAUUGAAAAGAUCAUUCAUUGGUAGACAUGGGCGGCGAGCUCCUGUUAGGAGACAGUUUUCUGAAACUACAGUGAAAAAUACAAAUGAAAUCCAGCGGCUAUGCACAUUUUAUGAUCAGACAGGUCAUAUUCCUGGACUGAAAUGUGAUCAAAUCGUCCCGGAGGCUGUGAAUUCUUCAAUGGAGAAAAUAUCAGGUGAUAAGUAUCCCUGUCCAAGUAUUUCUUCAUCUGGUCGUUCUCUUGUGAGAUCUAGUUCUGUACGCACAGAAAUUGAACACUGUAAACGUAUCAUAAAUCAAUUAAAAUGGGAUGUGAGUCGACUUCCUCCCAUACCUGUUACACGAUUCACUCCUUCAGUAAAAGACUUGGAAACUUUGAAUUUGGACCCUGGUACAUCUUCCACACCAUCAUCAUUUCACACGAGAAGUAGAUCUCAGCUUCACAGACGUGCUCUACUUGUGGAUUGGGAUCAACAUAAGAGAACUGUAGCCUAUUUAACUCGAACUGAUCGAAAUAGCAUUCCUUAUUCUACCGAAUUUUCGCUAUCUGAAACUAUUUUUUUCUGGCGUCAGUGCUUUGGAAAUAUUAAUCACAACAGACCUACAACAUCUAAUUCCCGACGCCAGCAAUCAAAUAUGCUUGCAUUCAGUGACUUUUCUACUGGUAAUCUGAGCCUUCGUCACCAACGAUUACCAAGGGGAUGGCGUUCUCACAGUUUACGUUAUGAUCCUGUGGCAAUGAAUUCAAUUACACCAUACCUUCGACAACUUGUUCGUCGACCAGGUACAGCUCUUCGAUUACAACGUCAACAAUCGGCUGGAGCAUCUUAUUCCCCAAUUACUGAUAGUAUGUCACUCCAUUUUCGAACAUCAGAAAUGAACAAUGUUCAAUCUUCCAGAGGUGAUUCACACGUAUCUCUCGGAUCCGAGAUUACUGAAGCAGUUAUAUUAGAGGGUCAAGAAGGAAGUAAAGUUGUUGACAUGCCCGAUGGGGCAGAAAUUCACAACGAAAAAUGGUAUAUUCCAGAAGAAACUUAUUCCACUCUACCGAAUUCAGACUUAAAAGAAGAAGGAGGUGAAUGUUUAGAAAACAAUGAAAAAGAUGCAAACACCACCGUCAUCACCACCACCACCACCAACAACAACAACGACAACAGCAAGGACAACACAGUUCCUACUUCAUUAGUCGAUAGUAUUUCUACUGACAACAUACAGUCGUGUAAACAAAUAAGUCAUCCUUUGGAAUUAACCAAUCAUGAUAGUAGUAGCAGUAGUGUUACUGGUGAACACAAUAAAUUACCUAUCACUGAAAUAAGAAGUAGCAAUCGUCUGACGCGACAGGCUGGCUUUCGUCGGAGACCUGCUGUUUCCUCACGUCCAUGUAGUCAGUCGAAAACUGUAUCUUUACAUCAAAGUGAGAAUGACAGUUGUUCAUCUGGUAGUCCAUUACGGAUUGAAGAUACCAAAGAAAUACCGAAAAAAGAAAUAGAUAAUGAUUGUGCUCAGACUUCAUCGUCUGCUUCAAAAUCCACUUCUCUGAAUCCUAUUUCAGUGGAUCAAGCUGUUGAUAAUCUACUCGCUCACCUUAUGGGUGUAAAAUCCUUGGCUGAAACUGGAUUAACUCGUCAACAGUGUUUACUACAAUUACGUGGAGAUGGAAAUGCUGAAGAUUCAGAAAACGCUGAAUGGGAUAUUUUAUAUGCUGUCACUGAAGCUGCAACUGAUAGCGCCACAGUACUACAGGAAUCAACUGUUACCAAUGGUGAAACAGUUAAUCGUGAUACUCAUCAGAUCAAUUCGGCGGGUAAUGCAGGUUCGAAUUCAUGGGAUAUACAAGGUCUAAAUAUCACGACCUAUAGUUCAGCUAACAGAAAUAGACAAAGCGAUGACGAGAUCAACGUGCAAGAAAACCCACCAAAUCUAUCUAAUGAUUCUGGGUCGGAUGAUGAAGAUCGUUCCUCUCCGAAUUCCUUACUUUGGUUUUUCCGUAAAGGUUUUAAGCCGCUGAGAUUACAAUCCCAACGUCCUUCUCCAACUGCUCCUGUUCACACUAUAUCCUUGUCUCCGUGCCUUCCAUUUACACUGCGUCUUCAGUUGAAUCGUUUGCAGCUGGGAUCUGUUUUCGACAAAAGCUUCACUAUGCUUGAAACAAUUUUGUGUUCUAUCUUAGCCGCUUUGGUCAGUAUUGUUGGUUACUAUACUUUGCGCACAUUAAGCUUUCAAGAUUAUGGACCUUUGGCGUGUUUUACAAUAGCAGGUUGUCAUUAUUCACUAAUCAAAAGUGUUCAACCAGAUCCAGCCUCACCUAGACAUGGAUAUAAUCGUGUCAUUGUAUUCACGCGUUCUGUCUUCUUUUGUUUCCUUGCUUCAAUCUAUCUAUUGUCCAACUACCUAUGUCAAUCACCAAAAUCAGUACUAACAACAACAACAACAGGUCAGAGAUCCAGUUUAGAGCAUACUGGUGAACUUCGCUUUGAAUCGACUAUAUCAUUCCAGUCAGCAUCACAAAUGUUACCAUCGAGUGUUAGUGAAACAAGUGAAUUUUCAGUUGAGAAAAUGAUUUGGCGAAUGCCUAAUAUUUAUAUAUCAUCACAAAGUACAAAAACAUCAGAUUCUACUACAAUUAAAUUUUAUGGAAUUGAUUUAUCAGUCAAGCGAUUUUCUUAUUUAGUUCAAUGUGCAUCUGCUUAUGUGAUUCUUAUCUUCCCAAUAUUAUUUUGUUGUGGUUUAAUGCCUCAGAUAAACACAGUUCUCAUUUAUGCCUUAGAACAAUUGGAUAUUCACAUUUUUGGUGCAAGUGGUACUACUGGACUUUUCUCGGUCACAUUCUCAAUCCUACGAACGUUUAUAGUGAUAGGAAUAACUUUUAUUCCGUGUCAUUAUGCAGUACAACAAACAAGUCCUGAGUCUAUCCUCUUCUCUGUAUUCUGGGGUGCAGAGAUAGCUCUAUGCUUUCUUUUGAGUCGUCUACCAUCGAAUAUAAUGCUGUAUGGAACUCUUCUACCUUCAGCUGAUCGUCGUGUUUACUACUUGAAUCGUAUUCGUAUUUGUUUCUACAAUGUUUGGUAUACACUGACUACACGGCCGAAUUUAUUAAGUCGUACACGACGACGUUGGUCAAAGAAAAAGAAAUCUCAAGUAGCUCCAAUUGAUAAACAGCCUAUAUGGUGGAGGAGGUUGCCUCUAUUAUUUCCUAAUCUUAAUAUGAAAUCUGCAAAUGCAAUGAUUAGGCAUAAAGAUGAUAGUAAUGCUGCUGAAGAAUUUUUACUAACUCGUUUAACACAUGCUACAGGAGUUGUAGAUGUUGAAAGUGGAUUACCAGCUCAUAGUCAUAGUCUGCCAUCUCGCAUGAUCAGUCGUGAUUGCUUAACUCAAUCUAGUUCCACACCCACUAUCAAAUACAGCUUACCUCAUAUGGAUUCAAAUGUUAAACACCUUGAGACCACCACUACAGCUGGCCUAUCUACUUGGAUUAGUUCUAAAGAGAGUGAAAAUUCUGACAGGAAGAAAUCAACAACACUGGACAAUUUUAACAGUCAGCGCGCUAAUAAUACCUUACCAUCUGUAGUUUGUCAAAGCACACUAGUUAAUUCUGAAUCUGGAAGUAUUCCACCAACAGGUAGAGAUAAUUCUAGAGUGAAUACUCAACAAGAUCAAACAACAAGUUCAUUAUUAUCAGAUCAGCAUUUAAUACAAUCGCAUUUACAAAAUGGUGAUCCUUUACCAAAUUUGAUUAGAGCAUCAUUGAUAGCUCGUUUUGAAAAUGAUAUACUAUCAUCUAUCGCCUGGUUUGUAUUAGCAUUUCUUGUUCACUUUACAAGUUGCUUUGGUUAUACUUACUUUCAAUCAUAUCAAUAUCGUAUUUUAAUCUGGAUUAGUGUUGUAUUGGGUUUCCUGCUACACUAUAUUUGGCCUAAUUUUCGUAAGCCGUAUCCAUGGUUAUUGCUUGUGAAGCCUAUUAUCAAGCCUGAUAAUCAAGGAAAAUUACUACAUUGGGAAAUUGCUUAUUUCUGGUUAUGUUGGUUGGAAAGAAAUCUGUUUCUACCUGCGAUCACUAUGUUUUCUGUAACUUAUUCGUUUACUUCAUUAAUCAGUAAAUUUGGACCUCUAAUGUCUACAUUCAUAAUUAUUGUAACAAGUAUGAAAAUGUUAAGGAAUGGAUUUUGUUGUGCUAAACAAACUUAUUUAAGUUUGUUUCUUACAGAUUUAUUGUUUUCCUAUGAUUUCUACAAUAUCAAAGAAGCAUUCCCUAUUAACUACUUCUUUGUAUCAAUUCUUGUCAGUAAAUUUAUUGAACUAUUUCGAAAACUGCAUUUCAUCUACGUGUAUUUGGCUCCAUUCAAUAUAAUUUGGGGUUCUGUGGCGCAUGCAGUUGUUCAACUUGGCUCAAUUCCUCACUCGGUAUUUAUGUUCGCUAAUUGCAUUUUCUCCACUGUAUUAUCUGCACCAUUGGAACCGUUGAUGGCUAGUGCAAUUUUUAUCACAUCGUAUGUGAGGCCGAUUAGUUUUUGGGAGACAAAUCAUCGUACACAACGUAUAGAGACAACUAAUAUGCCGAUAGCAGCACAAUUAAAAGGCAUAUCAAAGCAUCAAGUAUCCGGUAAUCUAGAUGGUAUAUUCUAUGAGCAUUUAACACGGAAACUACAAAGAAUAUUAGCCGGUGAUUUACAAUUAGGACGUCUUGGUGGAUUAUCUAUUAAUCAUGGUGAUGUAUUCAUUCUUUCAACGGAUGAUUUAAAUUUACUUAUUCAUAUUAUUGAAGUUGGAAAUGGAUUUGUCACUUAUCAACUACGUGGUCUUGAAUUCAUCGGAACUUUAUGUCAUGCUAGUGAAUCAGAAACUCUACGCUCUGAUCCGCAUAAAAAUAAACGUUUCUGUUGUUGUCAUUCGAAACCGCCUCGUGGGAUAUUAAGUUUUAAUGCUGCUGUCCGCUUACGUUGUAUGGCUUGGCAGUUCGCAUAUUCUCCCUACAUUAUUGAAGGAUAUGAAGUUACUGAUCAUAGUGCUGGAUUUACUUUCCAAUUGACAGAUCUGAGAAAAGUGCUGAUCAGUCGCUUUGUUCACUGUGUUAUUUACUUUGUCUGUAAACUACCCAAUCUGUCUAAUCGUUUGACACAAUUAUCUCCAUGCCUUGAGGCAAACAGAUUUUCAUCACCAGAUUAUUUUGAUUUGGAUCCAGUAUUUUUUAAAAUGAUCGAUGAUGAUUUUGAUGAAGAUGUGAAUGGUGUUACUAGGCAACGUUUUGUUCAUAUCUAUUCUGAUUGGAUUGCUUACUGUUUAAAGAAGAAUAGUGAAAAUUCAUCUGUACCAUGUGGUCCGGAUUCUCCAGUUGUAUCGUUAUGCUUAGCAUUAAGCCUUUUGGGUAGACGAUGUAUGGGAGGUCAUCAAUCCUCAAAACAUAUACUAGAUCAAUUUUUACAUGGAGUUCAUCAAGUAUUCUCUGGAGAUAUUAAUUUAGCCCCAAGAGAUGAUUGGGUUCUAACUGAUCUAGAUCUUCUUCAAACUGUUGUUACUCCAAGUGUACGUAUUGCAUUAAAACUCUAUCAAGACACUUUUACAUGGUCUUCAGGAAAUGCACAUCAUGAAUUGUACAGAAAAAUUGUAUAUACAGAGAGAAAUGUUGUAAUUUGUCAAGAAACAGAUCCAAAAUGGCGAUUCGCUGUACUAAAUGAUGCAGAUUGUUUAUUCUCAUUUCGUUGGGUAUCUGGUCGCACAUCAAUGGAUGUUUAUCGUAUUGUACAGUUGACUAAAAGAAGAUUAGAAUUUAGAGCUAUAAAAUUGAAUCCUGAAUGUGUUCGUGGUUUGUGGGCUGGUCAACAACGUGAACAGAUAUUUUUACGAAAUAAUAAUGAAGAACGUGGAAGUAUACAAAGUGCUAAUCCAGUUCUACGUAAUUUAGUUAACUCUAGCUGUGAUCCGCCUAUUGGUUAUCCAAUAUAUGUUAGUCCAUUAAUUACUAGUUUUGCUGGUGAUAAUGAAGAUUAUAUACGUGUAUGUGGAGGUGAAUUAUCACUUGUUGGCAUUCUUUUGCGUAUACGGGAUUGUUGGUCACGUUUUCUUCGUCUAUACUGUUGUACUACAGGUGAUGAAUCAAGCGGAGAUAAAGUUGGGUCCAAUGUGAACGUAUCAUCAUCUAUGCAUAAUACAGAACAACAACAGCAACAACACACAAAAUUUGGUUUUCCUACUAUCGGUUGGGUUGGAACAUCUUCAAAGUUAACAGUACCUAGUUAUCCAUCAACUAGUACAAGUAAAUAUUCAUCUAGACAUUCAGAUGGCAAUCGACAAACUACACUAAUUGCUUUGAUUCAUCAACAAAAUGAUAUAGACAAUAUGACUGGUGCAGCAGGUACAUCUUCAACAAGUACACUUCGUGAUGGACGUAAUAUUGAAUCAUUUUGUUUAGAGCAAAUGAUAUCUAGGAAACGUCAAAAAGUUAAAAUUAUCGAUACUAGUCAAAUUCUGAAUGAACACUUGAAUAAAUUAUCUUGGCCUUGCAAAGAAUGGUGUAUCCAAAGUUUAACAUAUGCUGCAUGUCGUUCAUCUGUUUUUCCCGGUUUAGAGGCUAUUCGUGUUCAUCGAUGGACUCCAAAUAAUCUUGAUGCAAAUUCACGAUCAUUUUGUCAUCGUAAUAUAGCAUUAUUAGCCUUUCCUGAAGGUCCACCAUUACUAGAUGGACAUUAUAUAGCUAUAUGGGAAGAUAAAGGCUUAGUAGAAGUCAAUGAGGUAGACAACGAUGAUCCUCUCAGUACUAUUACAAACAACAAUACUAGUAAUAAUAAUAAUAGUAAUAAUGAUAAUCAAUUCAUUAUGGAUUACUUCCUCAACAAUAGAAGCUCACUUACUACAAUGAAAUAACAGUGAUGAUGAGUUGAGUUCAUUUCCUUGAUUUUUUUUUUCAAACCUAGGAAUUAAUUCUAUCACCACACCACACCACACCCUCACACUCCUCCCCCUUAAACACAUCUGUUCUGUGUAAUGUUCAGGUUUUGUAUAGAAAAGGAACACAUGCCAAUCACAUUCACACACACACUUCACUCCUCGUUUUGUAUACCAUCAUCUUAUCUCAUCUAAUGUUCAUAAUUCAUAAUGAUUAGAUUAUUGUAAUCAUAUAAACAUAUAAAAAAGAAAAUAUUCGUAAAGAGUACACAUAGAUAUAAUUCACCUUUCUACAUUCUAACGACAAUUACUGUUAUUAUUAUUAUUACCACUAUUACAUUUCAGUAUGUUUGUAUAUAAAAUAGAUAUGUACAUUGUUUAUGUAAAUAUAUACUUAUGAAUACUUAGAGUUUGAAGUAAUCACUUCUUCUGUGUAAAAUCCCUUUAUGCGGUAAGUAAGUUCUUGUAGUGAUGCAGAGAUAGGCUGUGAAUUACUUCAAUUUACUUCGACAAUACUUUUACUUUUUUUCUAUACUCAGUUAUUAUUAUUACUAUUAUUGUUCCCUUUUAUUUUCUAUCUUUACACCUCUCUGUUACAUUUCCGUUUUGAGUAGUAAUCAAUCAAGG